AACAGUGUUAUUGUGAAUGAUUUAUGAACAUCAAAAUAAAACAAACACACGUGCGGUGCGUAGUAUCAAAUAAACAAUUUUUUCCUUAUAAUUACGUUGUAAUGAGUGACGACGAGCUUAAAGAAAGUACAAUAGUGUCCACUGAACCUGUCGACAAUGCGUGGAACCUAAAAAUUCCGCAGUUUAAACCUGAAGAUAACCCCAACGGCUUAGUAGAAGAGAGCACAUUUGCAACACUAUUCCCAAAGUAUAGGGAAAAAUAUCUAAAGGAAGUAUGGCCUCUGGUGAAACAGGCUCUAUCUGAGCAUGAUCUUAAAGCAGAACUGGACUUGAUAGAGGGUAGCAUGGUGGUCAAAACUACGCGUAAAACAUGGGACCCUUAUAUUAUUAUCAAGGCACGCGAUAUGAUUAAGCUGAUGGCCCGCAGCGUUCCUUUCGAGCAGGCUCGUCGUGUAUUGCAGGAUGAGAUCGGCUGUGACAUUAUUAAAACUGGAAAUCUUGUUCAUAAAAAGGAUAAGUUCGUAAAGCGUCGUCAACGUUUAAUUGGACCCAAUGGAGCUACGCUAAAAUCAAUAGAGCUUCUUACUGAUUGUUAUGUAUUGGUGCAGGGUAAUACGGUGGCAGCUUUAGGCCCCUACAAAGGUUUGCAGCAAGUCCGAGACAUUGUACUAGAUACUAUGAACAAUGUCCACCCUAUUUACAAUAUCAAGGCUUUAAUGAUUAAGCGUGAACUAAUGAAAGAUCCAAAAUUAGCUAACGAGGAUUGGUCACGGUUUCUGCCGAAAUUCAAAAAUAAAAAUAUCAGCAAACGCAAGCAACCCAAGGUGAAGAAACCAAAGAAGGAAUACACGCCAUUCCCACCUGCGCAGACUGAAAGCAAAGUCGACAAGCAACUUGCUUCAGGAGAAUAUUUCCUUAGUAAGGAGCAGCAGCAAGCACGAAAACAACAGGAGCGCAAUACGAAGCAAUCCGAAUCCGCCAAGAAACAGGAGGAGCGCCGUAACAAAGAUUUUAUUCCACCUAUAGAAGACGGACCGUCCACAAGCCGCAAAAGGUCAGCUGAAAAUGAUAAUAGGAAAAUAGAUGUUAAGGCGUUAAAAGCGAAAGUGGCUAAAGCAGCCAAAAAGUCUAAAAUGGGGCCGUAAAUUAUAGCAUACUCUAUGCCCUAAAAUUGUAUAUUACUUUGUGUUUAUCACUGUUAAUACACAUACACUUAUAUUUUUAUAGUUAAAAUUACAAA